ACGUAACUUCCGCUGCCGCGAACCCAAACAAAGCAGCAGACUUAGCUUAGCCUAUCUUAGCUGCUGAAGCUCGCGCGUGUCUUUUUUAUUCUUUAUUCCUUUUUUCCUCGGUGACGUGUUUUGUUCUUUGUUUCUGUGAGCGGAUUAACGUUCGUCACACGCGGAGACGAGAGAGGAUGAAGGUUUCAUGGGCUGUAGCCCUGGUUCAGGGGCUAUUGGGCUGUAGUUGCUGUAAGUGACCAGCAGAUGGGGCCACUUAGAUUUUGGAGUACAAGAAGCACGUAAAGGCAUCAUCAUCAUCACUGGGAUCCAGUGAAGCACGUGGGUAUUCAUAGAUUCAGGUCCUGCAGUGUCUUUGACUGACGAGGAGGAGUGUCUCCUCUCUCCUCUCCUCUGCUCUGCUCUCCUCUCCUCUCCUCUCGUCUACUCCCCUCGUAUUUUCUCUUUGUAGCAGCAGGAGUUGCAGGUGAGAUGAUGCAGCAGCUGCAGGCAGACAGUGAUGAGCGAGGAUGGGAUUAAACCGUCUUUGUUGGCAGGACCUCGCGGUUUGUGUGCCGCGCUCAUCUCCUGCUGCUUUGUCUUGACUCCUGACACUGAGCGUCUUAAAGCCCGGUACUGUGACGCUGUGCUCGGUGAAGUGUGAGUGCAGCCAUGUCUCGGUGAAACAUAUGAGGCUGCUCUCCCUGAACACCCAGCUGGUCCUCACAAGUGUGCAGAGCUCGUCCAUUUUGUUCACAGAGAUCUCACAUUCCCCGUGAUUAUUGCAGCAGUGGUCAGUACUGUGGUUGGUCAGUGGUGGACUGCGACCACCAGCUGCAGCUCAUGAGUCUCUCUGGAUCCAGUGGCACGCGGGAGCGAGGCGGCGCAGUACAUCACUGUGAACAGAGGCGGCGCUCCAGCGACCGCUCACGUGACUCCUCCCACGAGAGAGUAGAGAGUCAGCUGACGCCGUGUAUCAGGAAUGUCAUGUCCCCCACUCAGCAGCAUGACCGUCAGCGUGGUGACGGAGGCUCCUCCUCUCCAUCGUCCAGUCCACGCCCUCCCACAGUUGCUGUGGUCAGGGGACAAAGUCCUCGGAUGCCGGGCGUCUCUGGAGUGGACGUGAGCUGCAUGUCUGAGGCGAGCAGUAAAGACGGACAUCGCGGCGCAGCGCGGAGCACAGACAGAGUCACUCUGGUUGUGGACAACACCAGAUUUGUGGUGGAUCCUUCCAUUUUCACCGCUCAGCCCAACACCAUGCUGGGCAGGAUGUUUGGUUCUGGGCGAGACAACAACUUUACUCGCUCUAAUGAGAAAGGAGAGUUUGAUGUGGCGGACGGCAUCAGCUCCACCGUCUUCAGAGCUGUGCUGGAUUACUACAAGUCGGGGAUAAUCCGUUGUCCUGAUGGUUUUUCCAUUCCUGAACUGCGGGAGGCGUGUGACUACUUCUGCAUCACCUUCAACUCCAGCACCAUCAAGUGCAGAGACCUCAGUGCUCUGAUGCACGAGCUGUCCAAUGACGGUGCUCGGCGUCAGUUUGAGUGUUACCUGGAGGAGAUGGUGCUGCCUCUGAUGGUGUCCAGCGCUCACAGUGGAGAGAGGGAGUGUCACGUGGUGGUGCUGACUGACGACGACGUGGUGGACUGGGACCAAGAGUAUCCUCCACAGAUGGGAGAAGAAUACUCGCAGAUCAUCUACAGCACCAAACUCUAUCGUUUCUUCAAGUACAUUGAGAACAGAGAUGUGGCAAAGUCAGUGCUUAAGGAUCGAGGACUGAAGAAGAUUCGUCUGGGGAUCGAAGGUUAUCCAACCUACAAAGAGAAGGUGAAGCGCCGUCCUGGAGGUCGUCCAGAGGUCAUUUACAACUACGUGCAGCGUCCCUUCAUCCGAAUGUCCUGGGAGAAGGAGGAAGGAAAAAGCCGCCACGUGGACUUUCAGUGCGUCAAGUCCAAGUCUAGCAGCAACCUGGCGGCCGCUGCCGCCGACUUUCCCCAGGACCAGCUGGUGGAGCUGCCGGUGGAAGAGCUGGACACUGUGUCGCUCCUGCCCACCGCCACCACCACCGACGGCCACCAGGUGGUGCUCGGACCUUGGCAGGAGAGCAACAUGGCUCCUCAGCUAGCACAGGCCCCUGAGGGCCCCAACCAGCAGGUUCAUGACAGUUUGGGUCCUGUGGUGUUUAGCCCCGCCCACCACAACCAGCAGCAUGGCAACAGCCACACUCAGGCCACAUACCGCUAUGAGCCGGACCCUGACACACCGUCGCCCACUGCGUGAGAAUCACUGCCCCCUGCUGUUCACACAGCCCUCAACGAGAGUCGAAACACUGCUGCUACCGCCAUAAGCUAACAUGCUAAUGCAAGUUAGCUGAUCAGUGAGCGUUGGCAUUGAAACAAGCACAGAAACGCUACCAUGUGAGCUAAUAUGCUAACACAAGUUAGCUAAUCAGUGAGCCUUGGCACUGAAACAAGCACAAAAAUGCUACCACGUGAGCUUACAUGCUAACGCAAGUUAGCUGAUCAGUGUGCAUCAGCACUGAAACUAGCUCAGAAACGCUACCGCCAUGAGCUAACAUGCUAACCCAAGUCAGGUGAUCUGUGAGCAUCGGCACUGAAACGCUACCAUCGUGAGCUAACAUGCUAAAAUGUCUCAGCUGCUCUCGUUGAGUUCAGUGUGAACACAAAGGUCAAGGCUUCCCAUCCAGACUAAGCCCCUCCCCCUUCUGUGUCAGAACACCAGUUUGCCUUGUGUAGCAGCUCCGCCCCCUUUUUCAUCAUGUGUGUCUCAUGUUUUAUUAUUUGCUUGACUUGUGUACUUGUGAUUGAGCCGUUAAACUCUGUACAGGUUAGUCUCCACACACGCACUCUCUCACACACGGCUGUGAUAUGGAACAAUAAAAGUAUUUUGAUGAAGAGGAAA